UUUCUUCUCCCCUCUCAAACCCCUCCGGCACUCCAUUCUCUUCUUGCACGCUUAAAACGCUCUAGGCGGCCCGAGGUUCCUAUCCCAUGUGAAGAGGGUCCCGGGGAGAACCUUAGUUUUAUAUCACCAACCUGCCCAAAUAGUUUCCUCGACUCCGGGGGUCUCCAUACCGCAUCCGGGACUAGGAACACACUUUUUUAUUAUUAUUAGCAGUUAUCUCGUUGUCGUCCUCCCGGAUAUCUUUUCAUGUAACCCGAAACUAUCAACGGAACCGCCGGUAUCAUGAGGAAUCAUAAUAGUUCGUUUGUAAAGGGCACCCACCCUUCGAAGGGCAGCCAUAGCGACAACCCCCCGCCAUUCCCGGCUCGACAGAUGCUAGUUCUAGCGAUCUGCCGGAUAUGCGAGCCAAUCGCAUUUAUGGGGAUCUUCCCAUAUAUCUACUUUAUGAUUGAAGACUUCCACGUCACCGAGGACAAGAGCAGGAUCUCCUUUUACGCUGGCAUGGUCACGUCCGCUUUCACCUUUGCCGAGUUCUCCACCGGUCUCCUGUGGGGACGGCUCAGUGACAAGGUUGGCAGGAAGCCGGUCUUGCUCACGGGCCUCAUCGGCACGGCGCUGAGUGUCUUGAUAUUCGGCUUUGCCUCUAACUUGACCGUCGCUCUCAUCGCCCGAGCCGUCGGAGGCUUGCUGAACGGGAACAUGGGAGUUCUUCAGACAACGGUAGCGGAAUUGAUAACCACGAAAGAGCAUCAGCCUCGGGCUUAUACUAUAAUGCCGGUUGUGUGGUGUUUGGGCUCCAUCGUCGGUCCGAUGAUCGGCGGCGCGCUCGCCCGGCCGUGUAUCAGCUAUCCGAGCCUGUUUCCGGCGGGGAGCAUCUGGGAUAAAUACCCGUACCUGCUUCCCAAUCUCUUCAGCGCCUUCGUCGUCCUCGUCGGAGUUAUCAACGGGAUUUUGUUUCUCGAAGAGACCCACGUCGAGAUGAAGUCGCGGCCGGAUCGAGGGCUAGAGCUCGGAAAUUGGAUUCUAUCGGCAUUGCCGAACUUCCGAGGCUGCGCCGAACCACGAGACGAGAAGUCCAAGUUUUCCGUAAUCGAAGAGCAGCCGCUUCUUGACCAUGACGAACAGCUACCUGGGUAUCGAACGAACGAGAGCUCGCCGGAUAGUUCGCCACGGCUAAGAUCAGCAUCCGUCCCUUCCGUAUCAUGGGACGAGUUAGACCUGGAACGCAGAAGCGAGGAAUCGAACCUCGGAAUUUCGAGGAUAUUCACCCGACCGGUGGUUAUCAAUAUCGUGUCAUUUGGUAUUCUGGCCUUCCACACGAUGACCUUCGAUCAGCUAUUCCCCGUGUUUCUAAGCACCGCGCCUCCGGAGCACCGGCGCCCGAUAUCUCUGCCUUUCAAAUUUGUCGACGGCUUCGGACUCGACAGCCAGGCGGUCGGCAUCAUCCUGAGCGCCCAAGGGGCUUACCAGUUGGCCGUCAACAUGUUCAUAAUUCCGCCGGUGCUCAAGCGCUUCGGCGCGCGACAGCUCUUCCGCUUCUUGGUGAUUGUCUAUUUCCUGCUCUAUUUGGUCACGCCGUAUCUGGUGCUCUUGCCCGAGGAGUACCGCAUGACGGGUGUCGCGAUAAUCCUGAUAUGGAAGUGCACGUUUGCGAGCAUGGCGUACCCGAGCAACGCCAUCCUGACUGCCGACUCAGCGCCAAGCCCUCUGGCACUAGGCACCAUCAACGGCGUUGCGGCGUCGACGGCGAGUCUAUGCCGAGCAUUUGGGCCCACCAUCUCGGGGAUUCUCUACUCUGUCGGCUUACAAUCCGGCUACUCGGGCCUCGCGUGGUGGUGCAGUGCGCUGGUGGCCAUCAGCGGCGCGCUCGUCGGACUUCAGAUUCGAGAACCACAAAGUCGCACGGAGGAUAAGGCCAGGUUGGCUGCUGAUGCGGAAGCUAACCAACUAGAUACGAAUCAGACCGGCAGCCGAGAAGUUACAUCUACGUCAGGGGCAUAGACAGCUAAUGACUAAUUCAUCCGCGGUCCAAUUUCGAAGUUACUAUUAUUCUGCGAGAACCCAGAUUUCGGCAUGUGGAGCCUUGGAGCAUUCAAGUUACGACAUUUAAUGACUAGUUAUUUCUCUCAGCCCAGGAUUAUUCUCGGUCACCU